AUGGCUGACGAGCAUGAUGUCACCUUCGACUCGGCGGAUGCCGGUGCGUCCACCACCUACCCCAUGCAGUGCUCGGCUCUGCGCAAGAACGGUCACGUUGUGAUCAAGGGCCGUCCCUGCAAGAUCGUCGACAUGUCCACCUCCAAGACGGGCAAGCACGGUCACGCCAAGGUCCACAUGGUCGCCAUUGACAUCUUCACCGGCAAGAAGCUGGAGGAUCUGUCUCCCUCCACCCACAACAUGGAUGUCCCCAACGUCACCCGCAAGGAGUACCAGCUGCUGGACAUCACUGACGAUGACUUCCUGUCCCUGAUGGACGACACUGGUGCCACCAAGGACGACGUCAAGGUCCCCGACAGCGAUCUCGGUGAGCGCAUCAUCCGCAUGUUCCGUGAGGAGGAGAAGGACGUCAACGUCGUUGUCCAGACCGCCAUGGGUGAGGAGGCCGCCAUCGAUGUCAAGGAGGCUCCCAAAUAA